GACGUCUCGGAUCUGAGGUGGGAAGCGGAGGCCUCGGCCCGUUUCUCUGCCCUUGACAGCCCUUCGCGUCACCAUGGCUGCCCUGGCGGCUCUGCGCGGCGGCGUCCGCCGGUCUCUGCUUCGCGGGCUGCUGCAGGAAGGAAGACGCCUGGAGCGAAGUUAUGCAUCCAAACCCACUUUGAAUGAAGUGGUUAUAGUAAGUGCUAUAAGAACGCCUAUUGGAUCCUUCCUGGGCAGCCUUGCCUCUCAGCCAGCCACUGAGCUUGGUUCUAUUGCAAUUCAGGGAGCUAUUGAAAAGGCAGGGAUUCCCAAAGAAGAAGUGAAGGAAGUCUACAUGGGCAAUGUCAUACAAGGGGGCGAAGGGCAGGCCCCCACAAGGCAAGCGGCAUUGGGUGCAGGUUUACCGAUUUCCACUCCGUGCACCACAGUAAACAAGGUCUGCGCGUCAGGAAUGAAAGCCAUCAUGAUGGCCUCCCAAAGUCUUAUGUGCGGACAUCAGGAUGUGAUGGUGGCAGGUGGGAUGGAGAGCAUGUCAAAUGUCCCAUAUGUGAUGAGCAGAGGAGCAACACCGUAUGGCGGGGUAAAACUGGAAGACCUGAUUGUGAAAGAUGGGCUAACUGAUGUCUACAAUAAAAUUCAUAUGGGUAACUGUGCUGAGAACACUGCAAAGAAACUGAACAUUGCACGAGGCGAACAGGAUGCUUACGCCAUCAGCUCUUACACCAGGAGUAAAGAAGCCUGGGAUGCAGGGAAGUUUGGAAAUGAAAUCACUCCUGUCACGGUCUCAAUAAAAGGUAAAGCAGACGUGGUGGUGAAAGAGGAUGAAGAGUACAAGCGUGUUGAUUUCAGUAAAGUGCCAAAGCUGAAGACUGUGUUCCAGAAGGAAAAUGGCACAGUAACAGCUGCCAAUGCCAGCACACUGAACGACGGAGCAGCUGCUGUGGUUCUCAUGACUGCAGAGGCCGCCAAGAGGCUCAACGUGAAGCCACUAGCACGAAUCGCGGCAUUUGCUGAUGCUGCUGUAGAUCCUAUUGACUUUCCAGUUGCGCCCGCAUAUGCUGUACCUAAGGUUCUUAAAUAUGCAGGAUUGAAAAAGGAAGACAUUGCCAUGUGGGAAGUAAAUGAAGCAUUCAGUGUGGUUGUACUGGCCAACAUUAAAAUGCUGGAGAUUGAUCCUCAAAAAGUGAAUAUCCAUGGAGGAGCUGUUUCUCUGGGCCAUCCAAUCGGGAUGUCUGGAGCCCGGAUUGUUGUUCACUUGGCUCAUGCCUUGAAGAAAGGAGAAUUUGGUCUGGCCAGUAUUUGCAAUGGAGGAGGAGGUGCUUCUGCUGUGCUGAUUGAGAAGCUGUAGACAGACAACCUGUUUUAGGAGACAGUUCCAUGUGAUCAGAAACCCUGCUGAAGUGAACUUGACUCUCUUGGGCCAGCUUAUAUUCAACAUAAGCUUUUUAUUUUUUAUUAUUUUCUAUUAAAUUUUUUUUAAAAAAAAAAUAAUCAUCAUAUCCAAAACCUAUUGAAAGUACAAAUAAAAAUUUCUCCUUUAAUAUUUUUGGUAAACUUGAACAGUCUGACACCACUAUUUGAAAUACCAAUGUUGGUGCUAGAGACCUGGUUCAGCGGUGAAGAGAUCUGUUGCUAGCCAGGUGCCAGUGGCACAGCCUUUAAUCCUAGCACUCAUGAGGCAGAUCAGAUCUCUGAAUUCAAGGCCAGCCUGGUUUACAGAGCUAGUCUCAUGACAGCCAGGGCUACAGAGACACCCUGUCUAGAAAAAACAAAACAAAGAGCAUCUGUUGUUCUUGCAUAUGAUGUUUGGUUCCAGGACCCAUAUUUGGUGUCACACAACCAGGGAGGACUUGCACACUAUGUUGCCGAUGCCAGAGAUAGCAGAUAUUAUGCUUCCUGAUCUCACUAGCUGCUGGUUUAAAGCGAGGGAAGCCAUCCUAAGAGAUACUUUGUAAUGGGGGCUCUCUCCUGAUGAGACUAGAGAUCCAGCAUUUUUACAUCUAAAUAUACCAAGGAAAUAGGAUUAGGUCACAGAUGGGUUUCUUCAGGAAGGCUGCUGAUCACCAUUGCAAUUGCAGAAACAAGGCUCCUAGACUUUCCCAAGUCUCCAAAUCAUCUGUUUAACACCCAGCAAACCUCCCAUUCUGCCAUUAGAAUGAACAGAGUAAGACUGUUUAUGUUUUCUGUUUUUGAACUUUAAUCUUUGGGCAGUCAAAACUGGUUUCAAAUAAAGUUAUGUGAGUACCAAUGAAAAGUAGAUGGUUAAAUCUUCCAAGUGUUCUUCCAAGUGAGCAUAAACCACAGCAAUUCAUGUCCACUCAGUCAGCACUGACAAUCCUUACAGGAAUCCCACAGAGCAGGAGGAAAGUCACAAAUAUGAGAGCAUGACAAAGAAUAAGUUCUAUGAGAGGAACCGAGAACCAGAGAGAAUAAAACAGACCAUGCCCAACUCAGUAAACCAGCAAAGCUUAGAAUAAGAAAGAAUGAAAUCACAAAUUCUCAGCCCAAACUUUCAAUGGCUUCAACUUAAAAAUGAGUAUCUCAAUUAAAAACAUGAUCAAAGUGUUGUCUACAAGAGAAAUACUGACAGACUCAUAGACUAACACUGGCAGAAUGGUAAACAAUAUGCUCUUCAAUAGAAGCUAAGGGCAAGCAGAUGCAGCUUCUCAUAUAAGACACCAAAGAAUGCCACUAUAUAUUAAUGAAGGGAACAGUCCAUCAAGAAGAGAGAACAGGGCCUGGAAUGUAGCUCAGUUGGUUGUGUUUGCCGGGCAUUCCCAAAGCCUUGAUCCAUUCCGGCACUACAUAAAUAGAGGUGGAGUUACAGAAGGAUAUAUAAAACUGCGUGCCAGACACGGUGGCACAUUUAUUGGAGUUCAGGCCAGUCAGGUCUACAGGUCAGCCAGACCUACUUAGAGAGAUCCUGCUUCAAAAACCCCAAAUGAAACCAAACCAAGACAAAAAACAAAACAAAACAAAAAAAACUUUAUUGAGGGGCUGGAGAGAUGGCUCAGAGGUUAAGAGCACUGACUGCUCUUCCAGAGGUCCUGAGUUUAAUUCCCAGCAAUCACAUGGUGGCUCACAGACAUCUAGAAUGAGAUCUGGUGCCCUCUUCUGGCAUGCAAGCACACAUGGAAGGAAUGUUGUGUGUGUGUGUGUGUGUAUAUAUAUAUAUACAUAUAACUUUAUUGAUAUUUACCUCAUGAUGCUUACCAUUUGAUCCUGGCAGUGCUCCUAUCCCAUCUGAGUGCUAGGAUUACAAGCUUGUGCCACCAAUUUUACCUCCACUUGCUAUUUAGCAUCAAUUAAGCUAUGACUUUAAUGUACUUUGAAAAUUGAUUUCAAUGGAACUUUAGUUUGAAAUAACAUGAUUCUGAAUCAGGAAGUAGAAGUGGCAUACUUGAGAAAAAAAUUAAUAUUUAACAGCUAGAGUUAUGAUGCAACCAAUGAACAUAAUCUAUGCACAUAGUGUAUUAGUUCAUACACACGUAGGUAAAUGUCAUACAAGCCUGAAAUCCUUGACUAUCAACUUUUGGAGUAAGCCGUGUUUAAUAAUUCAGAAUAUUUGGGGUUUGUUCAGAUAGAAUGAAAUAGAAGAGUGUAAGAGGCCUCAGGCCCUUUGACAGUGUUUUACCAUGAAGUGGGCUCUAAAUUAAGUCUGAGAACAAGGAGUUAGUUGUCAGCUUUCGGACUUUAGAACUGUUGAGAGUGUGAACUGUGGCAGGAUGAAAUACAAAUGAACACGGGAAAGGACAGCUUAUUUUAACAAACUGCGAAGAGUCAGGAGAAAGCAUUCUUCCGCCAUUUUUUCACGCCAGUUACCCAAACAAAUUACAUAUGGAUUUAGAAGUUAACUACUGCUAUUUUAAACACGUUAAAUAAAAGCCUAGAGAAACUAGUAAAAUGUCUAAGGAAAUAACAAUAUGUAAACAGAUGUUUCUUUACAAAUUGGCUCAGUGAUGUUUCUAUUUGUAACACCUAAAAACAAGGAAAUGAAGGCAGAGCAGGUGACUUAGUGGCUAAGUGCUUGCUGAGCAUGGAAAUUCAGAUCUUCAGCACCUAUAUAUGAACAGCACAUAUGUAAAUGGCUUGUAUACCUGUACCCUUGCUGCU